AUGACGAACAAAACCCUCGAUCGCGACGUGGAGCGCCGGCCAGAGGAGGAGACGCCGCUGCUGGCGCACGACCUCCCCGCGACGGUCGCGCCCAGCCGUGCAUACCAGUUCAAGGUCAUUGCGAUUUCCAUGAUUUUCAUCGUGAUUGUCGAGGUCGGCGCGCUGCUGCAGGUCCCGCCGACGUACCAGAUUAUGGAGCAGAUCAUCUGCGAGAAGCGCUUCCCCGGCCACAUCGCGACGGACGCGGCGGACGAUGUGUGCAAGGGGCCCGAGGUGGCGGGCGAGCUGGCCAUGGUGAAGGGCUGGUUGAAUUCGUUUGAUUGUAUCCCGCCGCUCAUUACGUCCAUCCCGUACGGCAUCAUUGCGGAUAAGUACGGCCGUCGCCCUGUCUUGACGUUGGCCAUGUUUGGUCUGUGCCUGGAGUUUAUGUGGAUGCUGCAGCCGCUGCUGUGGCCCAACGUGCUGCCUCUCUGGACGGUCUGGUUCGGCGCAGUCUUCCAGUUCAUCGGUGGUGGCGCUGCCAUCGUCCAGGCCAUGGUGUGGACCAUGAUUUCUGACGUUGUCCCAAUCUCCAACUUGACAUCCGUGUACUACAAGGUCGGCACGAUAGCCCUGACAGGCGAGCUCGUCGUCGCCCCAAUCAGCGCCGCCUUGCUCACCAAGUCCCCCUGGCUCCCGCUUUGUCUCGGCCAGGCCCUGCUCACGUUUGGCGCCUGCCUGCCGCCCUUCAUCCCGGAGACGUCCGAGUUCCGGCGGGCUGCCGAUGUGGAGGUCGAGCAAACGCUCCACCGCGCGGAGGCGGACGGCGCCGAGAGCGCCAAGCGCACGCUGCGGGAGCAGAUUGUCUACUCGAUGAAGAACGACAUGAACCACGUCUACAACUUCCUCAUCAAGUCCAAGAGAAUCCUCCCACUGGUGCUGGGCUUCAACCUCACGGUGAUUAUCAAGUACAUCAAGGUGGAAAUCACGUCGCAGUACGUGCACAACCUGUUCGGAUGGUCCUGGGCAAAGGCAACCCUGCUCGGCACCGUCUCUACAAUCACAAACAUGACCAUGCUCCUCGCCGUGCUACCCUUUCUCAGCUGGUACAUCACCAAGCGCACGGCGCUGCACCCGCUCAUCCGCGACCUCUGGCUCGUGCGCAUGACGGGCAUCUUCCUCAGCCUGGGCUGCUUCAUGGUCGCGGUCGCGUACAAGCCGUGGUUCCUCAUCGCGGCGCUCGUCAUCUUCAGCAUGGGCGCGACGUACACCAACAUCUGCCGCGCGGUGCUCAACGCCGUCGUCGAGCCGCACACCAUCGGGACCUUGAAUACGGCUAUCGGCUGGGUCGAGCAGCUGAGCACGCUGGUGUCAGCGCCGGUGAUUUCCGCGCUGCUGCGCGCGGGGACGAGGAUUGGAGGGGCGUGGGUCGGGUUGCCGUAUAUGGCGGCGACGGUGAUGGCUGUGUGCGGGACGGUGCUGGUGUUUGGGUACCAUUUGCCGGGGGAUAAACUGCUUUGA